CCAGCAUCCUGUCGCAACCUGCUUAGCCGCCCCCGCCCAUGCGUCUCACUCGCCCUUGAUCAUCUCCCUGAUCCCCGUAUCCCAUGGCCCUUGCCCCCCUUCUCUUCCCUUCCUUUCCUCCCCGUGGUACGUAAUCCACGUCCUUUCUGCCUGGGGGCCCAUCACACACGCAAUAUGCACACACACGCGCACAUAAGGCCCACUACACGGAGCUCCUGCUGCGCGACAUGGCCGGCGUGCCCUUCCCGCGCGACCGCAUCUUCAGUCAGACGGUGUCGGGGCGACCCAAGGGCGAGGUGCUGUCAGCGCUGGCUGGCCGGCAUCCGGAGGCCGCGGAGAGGCUGUUUGUGGAGGAUAAGCUGAGCACACUGGAGAAGGUGGCGAGGGACCCCUCGCUGUCCGACUGGCGGCUCUACCUGGUGGAUUGGGGCUACAACACGGCACAGGAGCGGGCUCGAGCAGCUGCCAAUCCCGCCAUUACCGUGAUCGACAAACAGCAAUUCCAAGAGCUGCUGCAAUGAGUAGGGCGGGGUGUGAGAGGGGUGAGAAGGGCGGGGUGUUGCACGUGCGCAUGCCUUUCCAGGCGCUACAUUGUGUUGGGUCACAUGUGGGUUAUGUAUCCUUGCAUGUGCUGUUUUUGUUGUGGGUGGUGUGCUGUUGUGCAUACGUUACUAAACGGAUGUGGGUGGGUUGCAUGCGUGGGUUGGGUUGGAGCUCGGGGGGAGGCGCGUCACAUUGUGGCAUGGCAGCUGUUAGGAACAAUACAGCCCAGCGAGGCCGUACGUGCAGCAAUGGACAUGUGGUACGGUAGUGUGCAAUUUCAGUUUUUAGGUGUCUCGUAUGAUCACUGCUUGUCGCGUAUGGUCGUAGAUAGGAUUAGGUUGUGACUUUACGGGCAGCGUCUGGCUUCAGACCGGCUUUACACCGUGUACGGUAUUUGUGCAGUAUGCGAGCAUGUGAAGGAUAACAGGAGAUAUUGGGGCUUGAAUUGGAGCAGAGAAGCACAUACGCGGUCUUGGUGCUGAGCGUGACAGCUUGAACGGCAUAGCUCAGGUGUGUCGACGGCGGCAACGUUUAUAUGGCUGGGCAAUGUACCCAUUCCGCAGGGGCAGUUACGGUCAGGUUUGACCUCGUGUACCCUCGGGUGUAUUGUGAACAAAUGCGGAUGAUGCGCAAAUGGUAGUGCGCCCAAAUCACACAUCAAUCACACAGCUGGUGAACGAUGCGCAGGGCUGGCCCCUUCCACCAUCCAUCGUGCCACCUGAGUGGUGCGCGACUUCUAAAGCAUUUUGUGUGUAUUAUGUAAUAUGCAAGAUGUUAUACAUGACCUGGUUCUGAAUGCUACUCGCGUGGUGUCAGUAGUUGGAGGCAGUGCAAAAUGUAUUAAUAAUGCUAACAGAUCCAGCGUGGACUGGCAUGAUCCGCAAUUUGCGAGACUUGUUGACUCGCGGAGUAUGCAUUGAGCUACCCGCAAGCUAAAAUUACCGAGAUUGGGACAUUGGAUCACCGCAGAAUCCAAUUGUUGCCAAGUACUAUUUCACGCUCAACCGCUCCAAUUUACUCAUUGACUUGACUUGUUUUAUAGUCAGGAUGCUUCUACAGCGGCUUAGACCAUUUGGGCCAUCGCGUCCUUGCGCCCGACAGGUUCGCCCAAGCCUCAAGGCAGGCAGGACCGCUGGGCGCAAUGGUCGAGCGUCAGCCGUGUUGGUCCUCGCGAGCGCGAAGGCCGAUGAAACACUUGCUAGGGCGAAGGCCAAAUAUGAGGAGGGCGACCGGCUUCAGGCCAUAAAGCUUUAUGAGGAGGCCUUGGAGCAGGAUCCGGAUCCCAAGCAGCGGCAAGCGGCGUUGUUUGGUGUCACGGCCGUGCAUGCGGCGUUUCUAGAAGUGGAGCUCGCACAGAUAUCUCUCAGAGAGGCCGUACGCUACGGUCUGGAUUACGAGCAGGCUAUACAGGACCCAUCCUACGUCCAAAUCAUUACAUCGCCGCAGAUCUUCAUCCAGCUGCGCCGGUUUGCGCAGCAGCUGCAAAACGCCAGGGCCGCCCGGCCGCAAGCGGAGAGGCCGUACGGCAGCAGCAGCAGCAGCACCGCCGCCUCCUCUGCGGGUCGCAGCAAGGCUGGUGCUGGUCAGGACCUGGACUCCAUUCUGGGUUCUGCUAGCGGGGAGCGGGCGGAGGUGGACACGUCCGUGGGAGGCAUCAUCCGGCGUGUGCUGCUGGUGCUGCUGGCGGGGAUAGCGCUGGGCACCGGGUUGUGGUUCCUGGGCCUGGAGUACCUGUUUCCCAAGACAGGGUGAAGGGAGGAGGGGCUGGUCAGGGUGCAUGAGCAGGGUCCUCUGGGUACGCUACGCUUCGGCACUGUCGUACGCCAACGGCUAGUUAUGGAUGUUACUAUGCUGGAGGAGGAGAUUAGGGUACUGGGGGUCGCGCCCCCUGCUGGUAAGGGUUUGGGGUCAAAUUCCUUUUUACGAGGGCGGCACCAGGGCACCAGGGGAGGUCACCUGACAGGCAUGGAGUUACGCCUGAUUUCUCAGGGAACCACAUAACCACCAUAUGCAGCACACUGGGCUUCAGGAUGUAAGCCGUUGUGUUGUGUGUGCUGUGUCCAAGUAACUGGAUGAUCAAGAGCCCAAUCCACACGA